UUCACAACGAUCAACCAAUCUGGGGAAAAAAAAUGGGUGAGGGUGAUUUACAAGUGAUCGAAGAUGCAAGAAUCAAUGAGGUGGAGAAAAAAAAAUUGCACAAAGAAAUUGAGAGGCAAAGAAGAAAAGAAAUGGCCGCCCUUUAUGAUUCUCUCCGUUCAGUCCUCCCUUCCAACUCUAUCAAGGGCUUGCGAUCGGCAUCUGAUCAAAUUGCUGAGGCUACAAAGUAUAUAAGAUAUAUGCAGAAUAAAGUGAGGCAACUAAAAGUGAAGAGGGAUAAGAUGAUGAAAUCGGCUGAAAAUAACAAAAAGGGUUUGUUGAGCUCUAGCAAGGGUUUGCCUAUCACAGUAAGGGUUCAGCGAUGCACGGGUAGCGCCGAGGUGCUGAUCUUCGCGACAGCGGAAGGGAGAAGCCUUCGCCUAUCGAGCAUCCUGCAGCUGUUGGUCGAGGAAGGGCUGAACGUGGUGGACUGUAACUGCACCAAAUUUGAUGGGAGGUUACAUUGCACCAUCCAAUGUGAGGAAGGACGUCCGAGUAUCGAUCUACAAACUUUGCAAGUAAAGCUUACAAGUAACAUCGAAAAUUUUGGUGAUGAAUCUGGAUAGAACAAACACAAUGCUUUCGUGCAUCAUUUUUCUGAGUCAUUUUAGUAAGUUUGUUUUAAAUGUAGCAUUACUUUGGCAUGUGUUUUUUUUUUUUUCCUUUUUCGGGGUGAUGUUUAAACAGUUUUCGGUCCGUUGCUGAUGAUAUUGGUUUGAUCUGUUAUUUUAAUUUUUAAUCAGUAACAUAUCUUAUCAUUAUUUUCUACA